AUGGAAGACGCAGCACUUUUUACAGAUGCCAAUGCCAGGAAGUCCGGACAUGUCUCUGCGGAGCAAAAGAAGGCGGUCAAGAUCUUAGUUGCCUGCAAUGAACCUCCCGACAUCGACGCUCUGGUCACCUACGCUACAACUCGGUAUGGCUUAGUAGACGAUGAGAUGUCAGGGCCAAUUCUAUUGAGAGGUGCUCCCGCUUCAUCCAACAAGGAUGGCGCAAGGCGAUCGUGGAAGGACCUUCCGCCCCACAGAGACGAAGAGCAGGUACGUCUCGACGUCGAUCGGUCUUUUGUAUACUACCCUAAGUGUGACAAUGAGCAGCAACUUGUGGAGUGGAAAGAUCAGCUUUCGUGGGUCAUCUUGAAGGUUCUGAGAGAAAACCAGUGCCUCUGUUACUUCCAAGGUUAUCAUGAUAUUGUGCAAGUGCUUUUAUUGGUACUUGGAGCCUCUAAAGCGCCGGCAUCGGUAACCUGUUUGUCCUUCCUAAGGAUACGGGACUUCAUGCUACCAUCUUUGGCACCGUCCCUUGACCAGCUGAUGCUAUUACCAUCUAUUGUCUCGACAAUAGAUCCGGGCCUAUCUCUCCAUCUAUCCUCAACACGACCCUUCUUCGCAUUAUCAGCAACCUUGACCAUGUACGCCCAUGAAAUUGAGGGUUAUGGCCAAAUCGUGCGUCUCUUCGACUUCUUGAUUGCCCAUCCAUCCGUUGUGUCGCUCUAUUUCUUCGCCGUGAUAAUCCUCUCAAGACGCGAAGAACUGCUUGAGAUUCCAACUUCGGAGCCGGAAAUGCUGCACUCAGUCCUAUCCAAAUUGCCAAAACCGCUGGAUAUUGAAGCUCUUAUAGGGAAAACGGUCAUUCUGUUUACGGAGCAUCCUCCAGAAACAUUACCAGAUUGGACUUGGCAGCAGAUCUCGUCUCAUAGUGUUCUGAAGACGACGCGAUGGCUUAAAUAUGAUACGGUCGAUAACGGAAAGCGCAUAUUUGAACGUCAGGCAAAGCAUGUUCGUCGCGUGGAGAUGAAAAACAUGAUCAUGAUCGAAAUCUGGAAGCGCCGUCGUCCCGCUGCCCAAGUUGGAAUAGCCAUAGGUAUUGGUCUAUUUUCUUUUUGGAUUGGGAAAGACGGUUACGGUGGGCAAACGGGUCUAGCAAAGCUAGCUAUGCAUCGAGUAUGGGACAUUGUUCAGCAGCUCGAUUUCAAUGAAAAUACACAUUCAAGAUCGAAGAUCCUCCCUGACAGUUCGGCUCCAUAUUCAAGUCAACCACCCGGGCAAGCCCCUUCCAAGCGCUUUCUCUGGACACUCUCCUUUUACGCCCAAUUCUUUGACGUCGAUACUACCGAGGUUCUCCGCCGGUGUACAUCCUCACUUUACCCCCGCACACCUUUCCUUGACAUCCUAGACGGCAAUCCAGACCUUUAUGGCCCGUUCUGGAUAGCUACGACGGUUGUCUUCAUAUUGUUCCUUACAGGCACCAUCAGCCAGUACCUCUCGGAUCACCACCACAUUCACUUUGAAUACAAUUUCAAAUUACUCUCAGGCGCUGCGGGGUUGAUUUACGGAUACACAGGCUUUGUCCCAGUUGGACUGUGGGCUUGCCUCAAGUGGUUUGGAGCUGAGAGCGCGACCCUCAUCGAGUGCUGGGCACUUUAUGGAUACGGCAACUGCAUCUGGAUUCCAGUGGCUCUCAUUAGCUGGAGCCCAAUCACUUUACUCAACUACAUCUUUGUCGGCUUGGGAUUUCUUUGGAGCGUCGUGUUUCUGGUCAGAAAUCUAUGGCCUGUGGUCAAUGCCACCGAUGCGAAGAUAAGUAAAAUCUUAGUCAUAGUCGUCGUGGCCCUCCAUGCUGGACUAGCUAUUGCGAUCAAGAUCCUGUUCUUUGCGUAA